AUGUCCCUGGCAGAGUCCGCCCCUCACCACCCCGGCGGGGUCAAACAACCCAACACCGAGAGCAUUCAUGAACGGUCGCUUGAGAGUCGUGAAGACGAUCAUGACCCUGAAACGGGCAGUGAGCCCGAGUCCGAGGCUGACAUUGCCGAGAUCGAGCGCAUCUAUAGGAAGCUCGAUUGGCGCAUUAUCCCCGCAUUCUGGGUGCUCUAUUUCCUCUGUGCAGCGGUUCGCUCCAAUGUCGGUCUCGCGCAGACGAUGAACGAGAGCUCGGGCCAUGAUCUGGGCUCCGUGCUGAACAUGACCCCCCACCAGAUCUCCACGGCUCUGGCGCUGUUCUAUGUCUGCUAUGUGAUCUUCGACCUGCCCUCCAACCUGAUCAUGACCCGUCUGAGCCCGCAUGUCUGGAUGAGUCGCAUCGUCAUUAGUGUGGGCAUCAUCGGGAGCUGCAUGACGGCGAUGAAGGCCGCCUGGAGUCUAUACCUCCUCCGUCUGCUUCUCGGUAUCGUCAUCGCGGGCAUGUGGCCCGGCAUGACCUACUACCUGACGCUCUUCUACCCACCCUCCCGCACGGGCAAACGCAUCGGCCAAUACUACACGGCCGCGCAAGUUUCCGCCGCGGUCGUCGGUCUCGUCUCCGCGGGCUUCCAAGAGAUGGACGGCGAGCGCGGCCUAGUAGGGUUCCAGUGGAUGUUCCUCGUGUACGGGGUGAUCACCACGGUGGUCGGCGUCCUGCUGCUCUGGUGGCUCCCCGACCGGCCGCUCGCACCCGGCGCGGAGCCCAAGAAGCGCAAAUACCUGUGGUGGCUGCCACGCAGCCCCCCCGCGCUGACCGGCCGCGACGCCGAGAUUCACUACCAAGACCUGAAGCGAGUAUACCACCGCGCGCAAUGGACGUGGCGGGAUCUGUUGAAUGUGUUCCUCGACUGGCGCCUCUGGCCCCUGCUGAUCAUGUACUUUGGCGUCGUCGGCGUGGGCAUCGGCACGCAGAGCUACGCGACCGUCAUCAUUCAAAGCAUCAACCCAUCCCUGAGCGGAAUUGAUCUAAGUUUACUCACUGCCCCAAUCUGGAUCAUGGACCUAAUCGCCAUUCUCCUGGUAACCCCCAUCAGCGACCGCUUCCACCGCCACCGCUCGGUCUUCUUCUCCGUACCCGUCCUCCUCCAGAUCCUCGGCCUCCUCCUCACCACCUACGCGGGCACGGCCAGCAACUCGUGGCCCCGGUACGGCGGCCUCCUGAUCGUGGGAUUCGGACUGGGCCCCACUGUGCCCAUCACCAUGACCUGGACGACGGAGAUCUUCCAGCCGCGCCACGGGGAAGUCGGCGUGGCGGCCGCCUCGGCCGUCGUGUCGGGUCUGGGGAAUCUGGGCAGUAUCAUGACCACGUACGCGCUGUACGCCGGAUGGAAGAGCGACUACGAGGCGCCCGGCCGCGCCAAGUAUCGGAAGAGUAAUCUGGUCAUGGUCGGCAUCCUCUGCGCGAGUAUCCUGGCGGCGAUCACGAUGGAGGUGUUGCUCCGCGUGGUGGAUGGGAAGAACGGGAGAUCCCACAAAGCGGAAACGGACAAUGCCGCGGGGGCGGCAGUCGUGAUGGAUGGGGCCGCUAGACGGGAGGCCAGGCAGCGCGGUCUCGAUGGGUUGGGGUCUAGCCUGUUCAAGGUCUUUAAGAGGGGUUGA